UGGGUGGGGUGGGGCAGAAGCAAUGACUGUUACAGAACCACUGGGCCUUUCUGAGUCUCAAGUUUCUAUGGGUUGAGUGGCCACGGAGGACAAGGAAGUAUUUUGUGCUGUUGCCUUGCUUGCUGUGUGACACAGGGGUUGCAGCUGGAGUGAUGUAGUGAAAGCAGAAUGCUCUGUCUUUGGGUUGACUUUUUGUGGGCUUGCCCAGCACAGGCAGUUUUCUUACAGCAUCUGGUUGUUUUUCCCUUGUGUGUUGCAGGUCACAUCACCCGUGCCUGGAGAGAAUCCGGUCUUUGGAGCCCAACACCAACCUCGGAGGCUCCUCUGGCUGCGUGUCUUCUUGCAGAAGAGUCCAAAGGGGAGGAAGAUGCUCCCCAAACUGUGCCUGCUGCCACUGCAGGGCCUGAGCAUCCAGCAUCAAGCACAAGGGCAGCGUCAGCACCUGCUCUGGCUGCCUCUGUACCCGAGGAUGAGGCUGAAGAGGAGGAAGGUGCCAAUGAACCUGGCCCUGCUGUCAGCCCACAGCCGGAGCAAACAACACCAAGCUCCACCUCCUCUGUCCUGGCACCUGCACGAGCUGCAGCUGAAGGCUCGGGAGAAGGCUCCAGUGCCCAGGCUGGAAGCUCAAGCGCAAGCAGCUCGUGCACCUGGAGCACGACCAGCUCGUCUGGCAGCAGAGAGCAGCAGCGAGAGAGGACAGAGGACAAGUGCCUGGCCAUGCUGAAGAUGCUGGUGAGCGAGGGAGAUCCUGAGGCUAAAUACACAGAACUGGAGACUAUUGGCAAAGGGGGUUUUGGCACUGUGUGCAUGGCAGUGGAGACUGUCACAGGAGAAGAGGUGGCCAUCAAGAAAAUUAGUCUUCUGCAAGAGAGCAGCAGCGAGCUGUGCCUGAAUGAAAUCCAGGUCAUGCGUGGCAGUAAGAAUACCAACCUUGUGAACUAUGUAGACAGCUACCUGGUGGACGAGGAGCUCUGGCUCGUGAUAGAAUACAUGGAUGGAGGUUCUUUACACGAUAUCAUCAGGGAGACUCGCAUGGCAGAAGGAGAGAUAGCAGCUGUCUCUCGGGAGUGCCUGCAAGGCCUGGAUUUCCUUCACUCCAAGCAAGUGAUCCACCGAGAUAUCAAAAGCCACAACAUUCUCCUGGGCUUGGAUGGAUCAGUCAAGUUGGCUGAUUUUGGCCUUGCUGCUCAGCUUACCACCGAGCAGAGCAAACGGAGAUCAGCUGUUGGGACUACUUACUGGAUGGCGCCAGAAAUUUUCACCAGGAAGCCCUACGGCCCCAAAGUGGACAUCUGGUCCUUUGGCAUCGUGGGGAUCGAGAUGGUGGAAGGAGCGCCUCCGUACCUGAUGAAAACCUCCCGCACGGUUCAACAGCUGAUAAGCACCGGGGCCCCCCCGAAGCUGCAGAAGCCCAGGCAACAGUCGGCGUGGCUGCGAGACUUUCUGCACUGCUGCCUGGAGAGGGACGAGGACAGGCGCUGGUCUGCCCAGGAACUUCUGCAGCAUCCGUUUGUAACGUCAGCCAAGCCAGUCUCCACCCUGACGCCUCUGAUCAUGGCCACGCAGCAGUUCAUGGCCAACAGGAGAUACUAGCCCUGGAAGAGGCCUUUGUUUCUGUUUGUAGUUUGUAGUUUGUAGUUUAUAGCUUGUAGUUUGUAGUUUGUUUAGAGUGAUAGUCAGAAUAAAUACUAUAAUAAAUAAA